AUGGUUAGUGACAAUUUCCACAGCGGGUUACUUCGACUCUCGAUCCGGCGACUCGAUAACCUGGAGGAUACCAACAAGGACUCUGACGCACUCGCCAUAAGACACUGCAGACUGCCGCAGGUUGCGCCGGCAGCACAUUGUGUCCAGGACAGUCAGGGGACGGAUCGAGGAACAGCAGGACCCGAGCUGCUCACUGUCUACGUGCCUUCUUCGGACACAGUGCUACACCUUGAUCCCCAGACGUCAAAAAUUGAUGAUAUUCUAUCGUCCAAAGAAGUCGAUACAAUAGAUGAGAGUUUUAUGAUCGCUACACCGAAAUCGGGGAUGAUAUAUUUAUCCGACUUGGACCCUCGACUGCCGCUUAGUGAAAUCGGUUUCCUCGAAGGCCAUGCAACGGUCAUCAUGAGCGAUCAUCUUGUAAAUGAUAUCACAGUUCACAGUUCUGAUGAGCCCCCAACAGUAGCAAGAGUCCCUUUAUUUUGUCUGCCUGGGACCAACCUUAUCUGGCACUGGUGUGUGCGACAUGCUUUAGCGGAAGCUAGAGAGAAACCUAUUGCUGGUUUUAUGGUGGAAAACAAAACCGUAUUGGAUCUUCUUGAUCCCGAAGCCGAUCUUCUACGUAUGUGGAAUGGUGAUGCCGGACCUCUGAAGGUCAUAUGGGGUGAACCGUACGAGUUGCCUGCUGUUUGA